AUGAAUCCCGACCCUAUUCCAUUUGAGUAUCAAGCGUUCUACAUAGUGAUUCCAUCCACCAGCGUCAUUGGAAAUCUGUUUAUCAUCUACGCUACCAUACGAUCAAAACAAACUCGUGUUGACGAGAACGCUGACACCGUCGACUCCUCUACUGUCGCAUGUUCCGAGAAACAGUUCAUCUCCGGUGUCAAAGAUGGCGUUGAGAGGCUGGCGCCUUCUCGUCUUGGUGAAGGCAAUUACGUCGUCCUUUAUUCUUCUUGCUUGCAUGACCAAGUCUUCUAUCGAGGAUUCGGAUGCAAGUGCAACACUAGUGUGAAGCAGAUUCAUCGCUCGUUGAUUGUCACCAGUUCGACAGUUGUGUUUGGCUGGUUCAGUACGAUGCUAAUUGUAGUGAUUGCAAACUUUUUGCAUGUCGAAAUUGAGCGGAUAUACGUCAACUUACUCGCUGGUCUUUUCGUCAAUUCCUCAUGCGCCACAAACUUCUUCGUUUAUUAUGCAAUGAGCAAGGAAUAUCGUCGGCUGUUCGACGAGUACCUCCAUAUCGGAAAAGUGAAAAAUUUUUUCGGAGCCAAAAGCAAUACAGUUGUUAUCACACGAAUAGUUCAUCAGCAGCCACAACUAUUUUCACGAACAAAGCGAGGAUGA